AUGAACCAGCUCAACCCUACCCUCAAGAAGAAGAAUUGGACCGCCUAUGAGGACCGCACCAUCCUUCGUCUGCACGCCACCUUGGGGAACAAGUGGAGCGCCAUCGCCCAAGUCCUCCCCGGACGCACCGAUAACUCCGUCAAGAACCGCUACAACUCCACCCUCAAGCGCGCCAUCAAGGAGCGCGGCCUAACCCCGAACAACUUUCACAUCGAUCGCUUCGUCGAAAACUUGCACGCCAGACACUUUGCUGUCCCUUCCUCCUUUCACCACCCCCAUCUGCGCCCUAUGGAAGAACAACCUCAACACAUCAUUCCCACAAGAGUUUGCGCCACACCCGACCCGCACAUCCACGCCGCCUCACCCCACUACCUGGACCCGUUCCGUAUCAAAAUAGAGAAUCAGGGAUCCCGCCUCGUCGAUCAAACUUCACAUGCCUGGGCUAGAAAGCGCGCCCACUACGGCCUUGAUUUCCACCAAACAAACCUCGCCGCUGACGUCCCACCUGCCCCGCAGUAUGCUGGCCAGUCGGGGGAGCGCCUGCCGACCUUCCAGGAGAUGCUGGAAAACUCCGCCCCGCUAGAACCGAACCGUCUGCAACGACUUGCAGCGCAAGACGUGAGGGAAAGCUCCCCGUGCACUCUCACUCAUGCCGCCCUUCCGCCGCACGAUGCGCCCACACCAACCACCGCUGCGCUCGACGACCGGGGCACCCAAAGGCGCAUACUAUACCCCACUGAAAAUCUGGCGCCGUCGAGAGACGUCCUGUCCCCAUCCAAAAGCAUCGCCAAGCGAAGGCAUGGCCGCACUUGGCAUUUUGCAAGCGCAGGGGAUGGAGCUGAUUUUUAA